CUAAAAUCGUAAAUUUACGAGAGGACUAAUUUUUUCCCAAAAAUGAAUUCUACAAAGACGUUUAAAUACUGUGAUUUAGAACAUUUCAAACAAAGUUACGAAGAGGUUCACGGAAUAUUGAGUUUUUUGGUUUGUGUAUUCGGUUCAGUUGCUAAUAUUUUAAACAUUUGUGUAUUGACCACUAAAGAAAUGCGAUGGCCCACAAAUUUGAUAUUGACAGGACUAGCUGUAGCCGAUUUAUUAGUUAUGCUUGAAUAUAUUCCGUUUUCCAUCCAUAGAUAUAUAAAUUUAGAUGACAGAAAAAAUAUCAGCCAUUUCACUUACGGUUGGGCUAUUUUCAUGAUGUUUCACGCAGUAUUCAGUCAAAUGUUUCAUUUCAUAUCUUGUUGUUUGACUGUAGUUUUAGCUAUAUGGAGAUAUUCAUCUAUAACUAAUCCUCAAAAUAGCAGAUAUUGGUGUGAUGUAAAAAAAACCAUGUACGUAAUUAUUCUGACUUAUCUAAUAUGUCCUUUGAUUUGUUAUCCUCUAUAUCAAUCUUUACAUAUAGUAGCUUAUAAUCAAUCCUGUGACUCGAAUGGAAGAAUCAUUGAUAAUAAGAUUCUACAAGAAAAAACGGGAAUCGUUUACAAUACAAUUUUCGUGAUGGCUUACGUCAAUCAGCAUUACGCGCAAAUGAGUUUCUGGAUAUACGCCGUCGUGAUUAAAUUAUUGCCGUGUAUAUUAUUGACUUAUUUAUCGAGAAAACUGAUUCAGGUAUUGUGCGAAACUAAGAAACGGAAAACAGUAUUGUUUAGUUAUAGCGUGCCAUUGGAUAAUUUUAAAGACGUCAAACCGAUCAUAAAUCUUCGAAAGAAACAUAGACAGGCGGACAGAACUUCCGGAAUGUUAAUUGCAGUGCUGUUAUUGUUCUUAAUAACAGAAUUCCCUCAGUCGAUUUUGGGAUUAUUAGGAGCCACCAAAGGAGCCCUUUUCCAGAAAGAAUGUUAUGAUCCUUUGGAUGAAAGAUUUACAUCAGAUGAAACGUUACCGCAUACGUAAACGCCUGUUUCGAGGAGACAACAACUAUUUGAGAGAGUUGAAAAGCUUAUAACAUCGCUGGAAAAAGUGGACAGA